AUGAUAUUUGAUCACCUUUUAUCACUCCCGAGUAGUAGUAUAGGGGACCUUUUAUCACUCCCGAGUAGUAGUAUAGGGGACCUUUUAUCACUCCCGAGUAGUAGUAUAGGGGACCUUUUAUCACUCCCGAGUAGUAGUAUAGGGGACCUUUUAUCACUCCCGAGUAGUAGUAUAGGGGACCUUUUAUCACUCCCGAGUAGUAGUAUAGGGGACCUUUUAUCACUCCCGAGUAGUAGUAUAGGGGACCUUUUAUCACUCCCGAGUAGUAGUAUAGGGGACCUUUUAUCACUCCCGAGUAGUAGUAUAGGGGACCUUUUAUCACUCCCGAGUAGUAGUAUAGGGGACCUUUUAUCACUCCCGAGUAGUAGUAUAGGGGACCUUUUAUCACUCCCGAGUAGUAGUAUAGGGGACCUUUUAUCACUCCCGAGUAGUAGUAUAGGGGACCUUUUAUCACUCCCGAGUAGUAGUAUAGGGGACCUUUUAUCACUCCCGAGUAGUAGUAUAGGGGACCUUUUAUCACUCCCGAGUAGUAGUAUAGGGGACCUUUUAUCACUCCCGAGUAGUAGUAUAGGGGACCUUUUAUCACUCCCGAGUAGUAGUAUAGGGGACCUUUUAUCACUCCCGAGUAGUAGUAUAGGUGACCUUUUAUCACUCCCGGGUAGUAGUAUAGGUGACCUUUUAUCACUCCCAAGUAGUAGUAUAGGGGACCUUUCAUCACUCCUGAGUAGUAGUAUAGGUGACCUUUUAUCACUCCCGGGUAGUGGUAUAGGUGACCUUUUAUCACUCACGAGUAGUAGUAUAGGGGACCUUUUAUCACUCCCGAGUAGUAGUAUGGGGGACCUUUCAUCACUCCCGAGUAGUAGUAUAGCUGCCCUUUUAUCACUCCCGAGUAGUAGUAUAGGCGACCUUUUAUCACUCCCGAGUAGUAGUAUGGGUGACCUUUUAUCACUCCCGAGUAGUAGUGUAGGUGACCUUUCAUCAUUCCCGAGUAGUAGUUUAGGCGACCUUUCAUCACUCCCGAGUAGUAGUAUAGGUGACCUUUCAUCAAUCCCGAGUAGUAGGAUAGGGGACCUUUUAUCACUCCCGAGUAGUAAUAUAGGUGACCUUUUAUCACUCCCGAGUAGUGGUAUAGGUAACCUUUUAUCACUCCCGAGUAGUGGUAUAGGGGACCUUUUAUCACUCCCGAGUAGUAGUAUGGGUGACCUUUCACCACUCCCGAGUAGUAGUAUAGGGGACCUUUUAUCACCCCCGAGUAGUGGUAUAGAGGACCUUUUAUCACCCCCGAGUAGUAGUAUAGGUGACCUUUUAUUACUCCCAAGUAGGAGUAUAGGGGACCUUUUAUCACUCCCGAGCAGUAGUAUAGGUGACCUUUUAUCACUCCCAAGCAGUAGUAUAGGGGACCUUUUAUCACUCCCUAGUAGUGGUAUAGAGGACCUUUUAUCACUCCCGAGUAGUGGUAUAGGUAACCUUUUAUCACUCCCGAGUAGUGGUAUAGGUAACCUUUUAUCACUCCCGAGUAGUAGUAUAGGCGACCUUUUAUCACUCCCGAGUAGUAGUAUGGGGGACCUUUCAUCACUCCCGAGUAGUAGUAUAGGUGCCCUUUUAUCACUCCCGAGUAGUAGUAUGGGGGACCUUUCAUCACUCCCGAGUAGUAGUAUAGGUGCCCUUUUAUCACUCCCGAGUAGUAGUAUAGGCGACCUUUUAUCACUCCCGGGUAGUAGUAUAGGGGACCUUUUAUCACUCACGAGUAGUAGUAUAGGGGACCUUUUAUCCCUCCCGAGUAGUAGUAUGGGUGACCUUUCAUCACUCCCGAGUAGUAGUAUAGGUGCCCUUUUAUCACUCCCGAGUAGUAGUAUAGGCGACCUUUUAUCACUCCCGGGUAGUAGUAUAGGUGACUUUUUAUCACUCCCGAGUAGUAGUAUAGGUGACCUUUCAUCAUUCCCGAGUAGUAGUUUAGGCGACCUUUCAUCACUCCCGAGUAGUAGUAUAGGUGACCUUUCAUCAAUCCCGAGUAGUAGGAUAGGGGACCUUUUAUCACUCCCGAGUAGUAGUAAAGGUGACCUUUUAUCACUCCCGGGUAGUAGUAUAGCUGACCUUUUAUCACUCCCGAGUAGUAGUAUGGGUGACCUUUUAUCACUCCCGAGUAGUAGUGUAGGUGACCUUUCAUCAUUCCCGAGUAGUAGUUUAGGCGACCUUUCAUCACUCCCGAGUAGUAGUAUAGGUGACCUUUCAUCAUUCCCGAGUAGUAGUUUAGGUGACCUUUCAUCACUCCCGAGUAGUAGUAUAGCUGACCUUUUAUCACUCCCGAGUAGUAGUAUGGGUGACCUUUCAUCACUCCCGAGUAGUAGUAUAGGGGACCUUUUAUCACUCCCGGGUAGUAGUAUAGGGGACCUUUCAUCACUCCCGAGUAGUAGUAUAGGGGACCUUUCAUCACUCCCGAGUAGUAGUAUAGGGGACCUUUUAUCACUCCCGAGUAGUAGUAUAGGGGACCUUUUAUCACUCCCGAGUAGUAGUAUAGGGGACCUUUCAUCACUCCCGAGUAGUAGUAUAGGGGACCUUUCAUCACUCCCGAGUAGUAGUAUAGGGGACCUUUUAUCACUCCCGAGUAGUAGUAUAGGGGACCUUUUAUCACUCCCGAGUAGUAAUAUAGGUGACCUUUUAUCACUCCCGAGUAGUGGUAUAGGGGACCUUUUAUCACUCCCGAGUCUGAUGUUUCAAGGAGAAAAUUGUUGGUGA